AUGUUCAGUGCUGUGGAUGAUCAUAAAGAUAAUGGCGAAAUUCAGCCCGAAGAACUAAGGUUCACCUUCAAACCCAAGACUCAAAUGUCGUGUACCGUAAAGUUGAUCAACAAAUCAAAUCUUUCUCAUAUGGCAUUCAAGGUGAAAACCACACAUCCGAAACUCUAUAGUGUAAAACCAAGAGCAGGCCUUAUCAAACCGUAUGAAACAUGUGAAGUCGUAAUCAUGAGACAGGCUCAACUUGUAAUGCCUCUUCCUCGCGAGAUGGCCAAGGAAAAGUUUUUGAUUGAAAGAAUAUUAUUGUUAGUCCCCGAAGAUACUACUACUUCAAUCAGCAAGGAUAACAUCGCAGCUUUAUUUACAUCCGAAGAUUGGAAAAAACAUAUAGAUAAAAAGAAACUUAAGGCGGUCAUGACUACUACUGAUGAUGAUGGUUGUCAUACAUUACCGGUUAAUAUUGAAAAAUUCGGUGCAAGGCUAGGUGAUGUUGAAGAGCGUAUACGAUUACUUGAGGAGCAGAAGAAUUGUUGUAGUAGUGAUCAAAAGAAGAGUGCUAAAGAUGAGAAACGUAUGGCCAUGAUGGAUGGUAAAACUACUACAGUGGUUAAUUUUCAGAAAUUCGCUGCAAGGCUAGACCAUUUGGAAGACCGAUUACGCGAGGUGCAGGAGAAGUGCUGUUGUGAUGAAAAGAAGAAGAAGAGUAAACAUUUAUCCUUUUUCACCAGGUGUUUUAACAUCUAG